AAAGAGUUAGUCGAGCAAUGUUUUCAUUCUCGCAAAGAGUGAAUUUCGUUGCGGCACAAGUAUAAAUAGGAGGAUUAAUUAUGGAUCGAAAUAAAACAAAUGCCCCGAAUAGGGGCCAAAAGAAAGUAUUGCUGGGUGCCGAACUCUUUGCUCUCGGUACCAAAAGUGGCCGCGAUGAUUCUAAAGGAAAAAUAUUACCAAUAAAAGGAAUGCCGGGCUCCAGCGGCAGCUCGACGGAUAGAAAGAGAGAAGCUUCAACGAGUCUCGGAAGUCAUCCUAGUAAGAGAUUUCGAGUUAGCCUUAAAGACGGAUGCCCCGACCUGGCCACCACAACAGGAAUUCCACACUACGAAAUAUGGGAACAAAUCGCCGAGGACUGUGAUUUGUCUAAUGUCAUAGAAACCAUAUAUGCAGCAAUUGAGCAAAAUGACAAUGAGCUCGUGGUACGCCUUAUUUGUGGAAUCAUCAGGCACGCGACAUCGAGAGAUGCAUCCAGAUCCAAAGUGGACAACGUAGCGUACUUAACCUUGUUCUACCUGGCCAAAGUGCAUCCUCAGUUCUUCAAUAACGAUGUCAUUGCCUAUGCACUUCUGUCCUUUCUGCGUCGUGAGACUAAUGUUAAAAUGCGCUAUAAUAUUAACCUUCACGUCCUCUUUACAAACCUACUUACAAGAGGAUUUUCGGAUAUAUCCCAGUGGCCAGAAGUAUUGCUGCGUACGUACGUGGAUGAUGCUGUCAAUGAGCGAUUUUGGGCAGACAACGAUUACUGCGCGCCGCUGGUUAAAAAUAUUUGUGCCGCUUUCAAAACGCGAACUCCUCACUUGAGUCUGCUGCGCUGGGACGUGAACACGACUGUAGCAAGUGGGCAAUCGCAUCGAGAUAACUUCACUGUAGACGAUGAUUCGGGUGACAACUCAACUCAGAGUCUGGACGCUAGUCCAUAUUUGGAGGCAGAUCAAGCAGCCGAUGCCAUUUGCUCCGUUAAGUCCAGAUUUGCAGACAGUCUUGUGCAAAAAUUAGUGAGCGAUGCGAUUCGAGAUCAGCUAAAUAAGCGCCAGCAACAGGAUAAUUAUACAAGGAACUUUCUGAAAUUUCUUUGCACCACUUCGGGCAUUGGAGAAGUGCGCUGCCUCAGCAUCUCUCGUCUGGAAUUGUGGAUACAUAAUGGAAAGCUUGUCAAAUUCGCUCAGCAACUAUUAUCAUAUAUAUGUUUCAAUAUCAAAGGCAAAAAUACCCAGGACAACGAAGUGCUACAAGUGUUGGUCAAAAUGCGACUAAAAACCAAACCACUUAUCAAUCAUUAUAUGUCAUGUCUCAAGGAAAUGAUACACCUGCAGCCAGAUAUCUUGAGCACAAUCAUGAAGCUUGUCGUGCAGAAUGAACUCUCAAAUACAAGAAAUCCAAAUAACAUGGGAAUGCUUGCGACGAUGUUUCAGACAUCACCAGAUCAGUCGGCAGUUACCCUAGCUGAAAUAUAUCAGGAAUUUCUACUGCAACGCGAUGAUUGUUUGAGGACUCUGCGCGUUUUUCUACGGGAACUUGUGCGAAUGCUACGCUUCGAUGUGAACCUUGUGAAGUUUUGUAAAACCUUUUUAAGUGAACGAGAGGAGUUGACUCAACAAAUUGAGCAAUUUGAUUUCAAGGAGAGGAUAUUUCAUUCUGUGGUCGACAUUGUUUGCCUUUGCAUGUUUCUGUCGGCCACGCCACAGGCGCGCGAAGGAAGCUUAUCGCUGAAAACGAAUCGUGAUGUGAAAAAUAAUCAAGCGCUAAUUCGACUCUACAAUCAGAUGUCACAAAUACAAUUGGAUUCAGUUUCCUGGAUGUACGAGACCGUGCCAAAUCUUUAUAAAAUCCAGGCUGCAGAAUAUCACCAGGCUUUGCAUAAGUUGCUCUUGCUUGACAAUCCGGAGCAGUAUUCGCGCUGUGACCAGUGGCCAUCGGAGCCGGAGCGGGGAGCCAUAUUGAGAAUAAUAUCGGAAACUCCCAUUCAUGAAGAGACUUUGCUAAGAAUUAUAUUGAUAGGCAUAACAAAGGAUAUUCCAUUCUCCAUUGCAAACACAUUUGACAUUUUACUGCUGGUGAUAAAGCGGGUCUCCGGAAUGAAAGCCACCGAUUUCCCAGCAGUUCAAGCGAAUAAAUUCGACAUCAUUGACUUCCUGUUUAGCAUGUCGGAAUAUCAUCACCCGGAAAAUAUUCAGUUGCCGGAGGACUACGAGCCCCCAAAGCUGGCGAUCAUUGCGUUUUAUUGGAAAGCCUGGCUAAUAUUAUUAAUGAUUUCUGCCCACAAUCCGUCAACAUUUGGAGCAUUUUGCUGGGAUCACUACCCCACGAUGAAACUCCUAAUAGAAAUAUGUAUAACCAAUCAAUUUAACAGUUUUGUUUCGAACAAGGAUGAAUUGCAGAUAAUUACUGUUGAAAGGGAUCAUAUUCUUCAAUUCGAAACGUAUUUGGCGGCGCAAACAUCUCCACAUGCUGUAAUCACUGAGGAAAAUGCAAUUUUGAUUACCCAGCUAAUGCUAAUGGAUCCAAUGGGAACGCCAAGAAAAGUACCAAAUUUAGUUUUAGAGCAACUUAAGUUUCUUAACCAAACGUACAAAUUAGGGCAUUUGUUUUGUCGUUGUCGAAAGCCCGACUUGCUUCUAGAUAUCAUACAAAGGCAAGGCACAACUCAAUCAAUGCCUUGGCUAUCGGACUUGGUUCAGAACAGCGAAGGCGACUUUAGCCAUCUGCCUGUUCAGUGUCUUUGUGAGUUUUUGCUAUUCAAUGCGCACAGCAUUAACGAAGAGAACAGCCGCGAUAAGGAGCUGGUUGACUUUAUUAGAAAUCUAAUAAUGGACUCCACCUACGACAAUCACGUUGUUUGUGAAGUGUUAGAUUAUAUAUUUAGGCGCCUGUCCUCAACAGUAAAACAGUCUAGAGUUGCGGCUUUAUCUGGCUUGAAAAUCAUAUUCAAAAACUCUGGCAAAUAUGAAAACGAAUGGCUAUUGAAAUCAAUUCAACAAAUUCCACAUUUCUUGGAGGCCAAAAUGUACAUUAUUCCCCAACUGCGAGCAGCAUGUCAAGUCGAAAAUUGCCCAGAGCUUAUUAUGGCGUAUAUUCAAUUUAUAACGAAGCAUACACUUAAUGAUCCUGUUAAUGAAAUGCUGGAUCAUGUUAUAGAUAUGGCACAAUUAAUUGUGGAACGUAAUACGAUGUUUCAACAUAUUAUAAUUUCGCAAGAGGACUACAAUCUUAACCCGGAUGAGAACCGAAUUCAGACAUUGAAGUGCUUGUUCGUAAUGUUCAACAAUUACAUUAUCAAAUUGAGAGAGUUCCAUGAGCCCUAUGAAUGGACAGAAUAUCCAGAUUUAUUGAUGGUUCAGUUUGAAGACGGUGUGCAACUGCCGCUCCAUAUAAACAUAAUUCAUGCAUUCAUUAUUCUCCUAACAUAUUCGAGCAGCAAUAUGCCCGAGUCCAUACCAAUUCUCGAUUAUUGGUUUCCUCCGGGUCGACCAGCGCCGGUAGCUUUCCUGCCAACAAUGCCCCAAGAACAAAUUCAGCUGUUACCGGAUUGGCUGAAACUCAAGAUGAUUCGAUCAUCAGUCGAUCGUCUGAUUGAAGCAGCUUUGAAUGAUCUGACACCGGAUCAAAUAGUGUUGUUCGUUCAAAAUUUCGGCACGCCUGUAAACUCAAUGUCCAAGCUAUUGGCAAUGCUCGACACUGCGGUAUUAGAACAGUUUGAUUUGGUUAAAAACGCUAUACUUAACAAAGCCUAUUUGGCGCAGCUGAUUGAAAUCCAACAAGCCCGAGGAGCUAAAAAUGGGCAUUAUACUGUACAGGCACUGGAUUUGCAUUCCCAUUCUCAAACAGUUCCCGAUUUACCAAAAAUUAAUGCGUACACUCAGGAAGUCUUUCAUCUAACCAAAUUCGAUCCAGACUCUGUUCAAAACGUCAGUAACAGGGAUUCCGAAAAGGAAACCGUACAAAUUCUACUUAAGAGUCCGAAUCAGAAUAUGAUUACGACAAACAACUAUCGCAAUUUAAUUCAUAAUUUAUUGGAUCUUGUAGUUUCUCCAAUGUCAAAUAAUGCAGAAUUCUUAACCUCAAUAUGCGAGGUUGUCAAUGCGUCAUUGUUGGACUAUACACGUGCCGACACAAUCAAUAUUAACACAAGCCGUGGUGCCUCGACUUUGCUAAGAGCAUAUUUCAGCUGUAAGUUGCCCAAUGAUAAUUAUCUCGUUAUUGAAAAGAAACUAAAACAAACCAUUCGAAUGUCAAGUCAGAUAGGCUCAGCUUCGAAACAGGUUUUCAAAACAGAACUAUUCUUAGAAAGCCUAUUAUUUAUGCUGAAGAGUUCGUAUCAAUUAUACUUUAUAAAACGUAAAUCGCAAAGUUCUCUCCAAGCGACAAAGAAAAUAGUCCGAGAAAUGAUUGAAGACUUUGAAAAUCUUAGCAAUGAUAAAACUAUUAGCGACAAAGUCAAUUAUAAUAUUUUCAACAAUGGAUUAUUCAUAGAUUGGCUUGCCGAGGCAGAUCCUGAAAUAGUAUGCACAAAACUGUUGAAGGAAAGUUUUCUAUUUUCCAAUUCCUGUAGGGAGUUUAGAUUUUUCCUUUUAUCGCUUAUCAAUCAUCAAACCAAUUGGAGUACCAUCGAAAGAAUUGCGAAGUGUCUAUUUAAGGAUUAUAAACUUGACUACGAUUUCAGUACCGUGCUAAACUAUUUUGAAGCUCUGACUACAAAUCCGAAUCUGUGGAAAGGCAGAGAUAAGUAUAUGUCGAAAAAUGUGCUACCAAAUUCAUUCUUUAAGUUAGAGCCUUCCGAGCUAGAGGCCUUCGUACACUUUAUUUUAUACGAAGGCAUCUCAGAGGUUAAGAAUGACACAAAUGGAAACUAUGACUUUAAAUUGUGCUCGCGAAUGAAUCUUUUAUUCAAGCUGACGGAAAAAAACAAAAAUCUAAUGGUGAAAGUAAUAGAGUACGUGGAGAAGAGUCAAAUUACGGAUCUAUUGAAAAACAAAAUCUUGCAACAGCUUUACAUUAUGUAUCCACGUAUCAAGUUUAUUAAGAACUGCAGCGCAGAUGUGCAAAACAAUAAACUGCAGAGCUUAAAGGGCUGUCAAGCUGACAAAAUAGCAAAUAAUUUGAUAACGUGCUUGGGAAGUUUGGUAGCCAAGAAGGACUUUGAAACAUUAUCAGCUGAUACCGAAUUGCUGCUGCGAAAGUUGGCUGCGUCGCAUCCUCUUCUGUUCCUUCGCCAUUUGGGCGUAUUAUCUUCCGUUAUGCAAGGCAGGGGACAGAAUAGCAUGAAAGCAUUGCGUGAAGAAUAUCAUUUCCAUCGUUUCGUGCAGAUAUUACGAACUCUGGAACUGCUGCAGCCAAUGAUUUUCGAAGAUGCCUAUAAAAAUGAGAUUCAAAGAACCCUCUCGUGCUAUUUCAUAUUCUUUAAGCAUCACAGCUCAGUAAAGGAGGCAUGCCAAAUGCUUGUGAAAUUUGUGCAAAUAUUACAAUCAUAUAUCAAUGUUAAUCCUUCAACUGCAUUGCAAUUUAUUGAGCAAUAUGUCGGAAUUUUGACAGAAUUGGCAGCCAGAUACACGUCUAUCGGAAAGCUGCAAGCUCUUGUGCAAGCUGUUGCUCUACUUCAGCACAAAACGAAUACAUGCAUAGAAUUGGAUGACGAGGAAGUGAAGGUGGAAUAUGAACUAGAUGGACAUUCUGAAACAAAACCAACUACAAAUAAAAAUUUUGCCAAUGAAAUUGAUUCCUUUGAGGGCACCAGUAACGCCCAGGAUGUCUGCAGAAGCUCAUUUUCAGCCAUGACUCUUGGGUCCUACAGCAAGACGAAUUUCACUGAUGUUUCUCCACAUAUUUUGGACCUAAUCAAAAUCAUUAAGCAAUCUAAUAUUGAAGAAGUGAUACUAGGUCCUCUGCAGGAAAUGGAAUGUCUGACUUCGAAGCGAUUUGUGUUUAUCAAUGAGUUGUUUGAGCGUCUCUUGGAGCUAAUAUUUUCGCCCAGCGCUCAGAUACGAUCCAUUGCCUUUAUUAUAUUGAUAAGACAUUUGAAGCACAACCCAGGAAACUCCGAUAUCAAUCAGUGUACUUUGAACGCCUAUAUUCAAUGUUUAAGAGAUGAGAAUUCGUCCGUAACAGCCACCGCGAUUGACAACCUGCUUGAAAUAUGCAUAUUGUUGCAAGAACACGCGGUUGAAAUCUUAUGUGUGGCAUUUUCGCUUGGCAUCAAAUCUUGCCUUAAUACAAACAAUCAAAUACGUAAAGUUAUGCAAACAUUAGUAAUUCAGCUUGGAUAUUAAUUUUUUUAAUUUCUUUAAAAUAUUACUUAUGUGGAAAUAUGUUAAUAGAUCCUUAUAUAAUUCAUUUAUAUGGAAAUUAUCAUACUGAGUACGGAAAUGUAAUAAAAAUAAUGUUUAGACUUUAAGUAUUAGAGUUUACGCUUUAAAAUAUAUGUAAAUUGUUUAAGACAAGCAA